UACAAAGUUACUGUUUCCAAUAAAAGCUAGAAGACUACUUGUUGAGAGAAAGAGAGGGUUAGUGUGUGGUUUUUACUUUAAUGACAUUUACACCAAAGCCUCAGUGACAAAUAUAUGCAAAUAUCAGAAUGACUUGUAAUCAAAACAGAUAAAUGAAAAGUUAAAGAAAGCAUUUGAAACUGAAGCUGAAACCGGAUUGGACCGGACGGUUCAACCAUCAGGUAAACGUAAACAUUAAGAGUUCCAAACAUGACGUCAUAAGCGUCUCUAGUCAAAGCAUCAAACUGAACAUUUCUCCUCAUUCUGCUACUCACGCGUUUCUCGGUUGACUUCUGCUGUUAUUUGAGAGUAAAAAUGGGUCAGAAAGUUUGUAAAUGCGUUGAAGCUGAAAGUGCUGAUGUCGAUCGUCGUGAUAUGUACACGGUACCUGAAAAUCCACCUGUACAAUCGACGGCUGAUUCGAGCGAUCAAACGCCUCCACCAGCGGGCGCUACUGAGGGAGAUGUGGUACACGACAGAGAUGGUGGAAGGAAGAAAAGGAGAUUUUGGAGAAAGUUUUGGAGGAAAAGAUCUCAGGAUGAAAGAGAAGAGCACACGAUACACCAAAAUACAUCUGCGCCAUCAACCGCUGAUGCACUCGACCCUUCACCUCCACCAGCGGCUGAUAUUCACGAAGAGGAGGAUGAAAACAAAGAUGAGGGGAAGAAGAAGAAGAAGAGGGGAAGGUUUUGGAAGAGGUUGUGGAGAAAAUCUCGCAGAGAAGAAGAGUCUGACAGAAGUCCUGAAGAUCAGAUUCAGCACAAUCUGGAAACUCCUGAACUCCUGAAUGAGGACGUGAAUGUGUUUUAUGAAAUCAACUCCUGUCAGUAUGAGAUAGGUGAACUGCUGAGUAAAGCAGGAAAUACAUCCGUGUAUGAAGCGACUCGUGUGAGCGACGGCCUUAAGGUGGCAGUGAAGAUUGUCAAGGACAAGUCUCCUGAUUUAAUUUCCAUACCCGGUCAUCCUUACGUCCUUCAACGAGAGAUCGGUCUUCAUAUGCUCGCCAAUGAAGGGGAACAUGUUCCUGAGAUCAUCCGGCUUUUGGACUGGGAGGAGCGUUAUUGCGAAUACAUCAUGGUCCUUGAACGUCCUUCUCCCUGCAUGGACUUGUUCAAGUUUAUGGAAAGCAGACGAGGAAAAAUCUCUGAGGAUUUAGCUCGGAACAUCAUGCGGCAGGUGGUUAAGGCUCUAACUGAAUGUUUCAAACGGGGAGUUUUCCACAUGGACUUCAUACUGGAAAACUUCCUGAUUAACACCGAAACAUUGAAUGUCAAACUCAUCGACUUUAGCCGUGGCGACCUGCUCAAAGAAACGUGUUACACCAAGUUUUUGGGCCAUAUGGAUUACUGGUGUCCAGAGUUGGAGGAACUGGGCGAGUAUCACGCAAUGCCGGCGACAGUCUGGGCACUCGGCCUGAUGCUGUAUGUGAUGAUGUUCUGGGCUCUUCCUUGCGCAAUCACCCGGGAGCAGAUCAACAACCAUCAGUGGGAAAGAGACGAUUUGAGCCCAGAAUUCUGCAGGUUUAUAAACGCUUGCCUGCCGGAUGAUCCACAUCAACGCAUUCAACUAAAAGACUUACUGCUUCAUGAGUGGUUUCAGGGGAGCAGUGUGGAGAUGAUUGACAGCUGUUUUGAGGGCGUGUCAGAAGAUCAGAUGCAGGAAACUCCUGAACUCCUGAAUGAAACUGAUGAUCUGACGGAGGCCGGAGACCUGCUGACUUCACAUCACUCCUCUGUGUUUGACUCCAGCGAUGAAGAAUUCUAUACACCAGCUCUUUCUCUGUUUGACUUGUGUGUCAACGCCCCCCAGCGUACAGACUCUUCAGGAUCCGACUCAGAAAGUAUUGACAGCUUUCACUCCACCGUCGGUUCUGUGUCGGACCUGCUUGAGAAUAAUGGGAGCGGGAAUGUGAUUUAUAAAAUCAACUCCUGUCAGUAUAAGAUGGGUAAAAGGCUGGGUAAAGGAGGAUUUGGAUCUGUGUAUGAAGCGACCCGUGUUAGCGACGGCCUUAAGGUGGCAGUGAAAUUUGUCAGGCCCGACGAGUAUUCUGAUCGUAUUUCCAUUCCUGGUCAUCCUAACCCCCUUCCAGGAGAGAUCGCUCUUCAUAUCCUCGCAAAUGAAGGAGCUAAAUUGUCUGAGAUCAUCCAGCUUUUGGAUUGGGAGGACCGUGAUGACAAAUACAUCAUGGUCCUUGAGUAUCCUUCUCCCUGCAUGGACUUACGUGCAUUUAUUGAAUGCCAUGGAGGAGCCAUCACAGAGAAAUUAGCGAAGAGCAUCAUGCGGCAGGCGAUCCAGGCUGCUAUUGAAUGUUUCAAACGGGGAGUUUUUCACAGGGACAUGAAACUUGAAAACUUCCUGAUUAACACAGAAACAUUUGAGGUCAAACUCAUUGACUUUGGCUGUGGCGAUCUUCUAAAAAAACGUUACACAACAUUGACGGGUACACUGGCAUGCUGCUGCCCUGAGAUGCUCGAAACAGACGGGUAUCAAGCAUUGCCGGCGACGGUGUGGUCACUCGGCUUGAUAUUGUACAGAUUGGUGUGCGGGAAACUUCCAGAAAAAUACAUCUUGUACUGGAUAAACGACAGAAAUUGGUGCAGACAAGACUUGACCAAAGAAUGCUGCAGGUUUAUAUCCGCUUGCUUGCAGCAAGAUCCAGAUCAACGGAUUCAGAUAAAAGACAUCCUUUUUCACGAGUGGUUCCAGGUCUAAGGUAUGUGAUGUGGAGACACAGUGGAGGGUCAGGUAUGUGAUGUGGAGACACAAGUUUUUUUCUCUAAAAGAGCUAAUUUCUCCAGCGUGGCAUGUCCCGCUGUUCUCGUGGGUGCAACACACUCAUUGAGGAGGGGGACGAACACGAUGUCUGCCUUAAGGGUUGGGUUCCCAGCAUGCUGACAAUCCGACGAUUCCUCGAAGCUCCCUCCCUCGGGGGGUCGAGCCGAGGAAGAAGCGGAUGUCGAAAUGUCAGCCAUGCUUUCCCGGGCUGGACACAUGGUGCCUCGGGUUUGAGCGUGGCUCCAAGCUGCGCCCGCCCCAAGUGCCGUGUUUCCCGGAAGUGCAUGGAUAACUCAGUAAGGUCUGGAAACGCCCCCUUUUCGGUUGCCGUUUCUUCCCUCGAUGGUGGGGCAGCUAGAGGAUACGUCGAUGUCCCCAAGGUGGAAUGUGCCGUCACGGUGCAACCCGCUGACGGCUGCCACCUGGGGGGCUCGACCUAGACUCCCGUCCAAAGCAUGUAGGUUUUUGCCAUUUCAGCCUACCUAUCCAUUGGUAGGCUACAAUUUCGUGUCAGCGCUCAAGUCUGACACGCUUUGCUAGAGAUUGUGACGUGGCACAGCGUCUGGGCGUUUUCCAUAGGAACCCCAUCUGGCUCCCUCAUCUUAUCGUUCCCCAAGAGUCGGUCCCCACCGUCCCUCAUCCACGUAUUCGGAAAUGGUGCCAGAUGAUGAUGAUGAUAAGAUGUCCCUUGGAGCAUCGAGAGGGUGACUUACUGGCAUCUGACUCCGAUGAUUCCUCUGAGCUCCCUCCCUCAGGGGGUCGAGCCGAGGAAGAAGCGGACGUCGAAAUGUCAGCCAUGCUUUCCCGGGCCGCCGCGAGCAUUGGGUUGCAGUGAGCUGCACUGCCUCUCCCAGUGCUCGAGGCUGGAUACAUGGUGCUUCGGGUUUGAGCGUGGCUCCAAGUCGCGCCCGCCCCCAGUGCCGUGCUUCCCGGAAGUGCAUGAGGAACUCAGUAAGACCUGGAAACGCCCCCUUUUCGGCACGUCAAACUAGUUCUGUUGCCCUUUCUUCCCUCGAUGGUGGGGCAGCUACAGGAUACGUCGAUGUCCCCCAGGUGGAAUGUGCCGUCGGGGUGCAACCCACAGACGGCUGCCACCUGGGGGGCUCGACCUAGACUCCCGUCCAAAGCAUGUACGUUUUUGGCAUUUCAGCCUACCCAUCCACUUGUAGGCUACAAUUUCGCGGCAGCGCUCUGGUCUGACACGCCCAGGCCAGUCACCAUCACUUCGCUAGAGAUUGUGACGUUCCACAGCAUCUGUGCGUUUUCCAUAGGAACCCCAUCUGUCUCGCUCGUCUUAUCAUUCCACAAGAGACGGUCCCCAUCGUCUUGUUCCUCAUCCACGUAUUCGGAAACGGUGAGUGAUGAUGAGAUGUCCCUAGGAGCAUCGAGAGGGUGACUUACUGGCAUCUGACUCCGAUGAUUCCUCCGAGCUCCCUCCCUCGGGGGGUAGAGCCGAGGAAGAAGCGGAAGUCUAAAUGUCAGCCAUGCUUUCCCGGGCUGGAUACAUGGUGCCUCGGGUUUGAGCGUGGCUCCAAGCCGCGCCCACCCCCAGUGCCGUGUUUCCCGGAAGUGCAUGGGGAACUCAGUAAGGUCUGGAAACGCCCCCUUUUCGGCAUGUCAAACUAGUUCUGUUGCCCUUUCUUCCCUCGAUGGUGGGGCAGCUAGAGGAUACGUCGAUGUCCCCCAGGUGGAAUAUGCCACCUGGGAGGCUCGACCUAGACUCCCGUCCAAAGCAUGUAGGUUUUUGGCAUUUCAGCCUACCUAUCCACUGGUAGGUUACAAUUUCGCGGCAGCGCUCAAGUCUGACACGCCCAGGUCAGUCACCAUCGCUUCGUUAGAGAUCGUAACGUCUUGGUUACAGAUAUAACCUCAAUUCCCUGAUGGAGGAAAUGCGUGCCGCCCGUGCAGCGCCUCAAUGCCGCACUGUAGGUGUGCCUGGAUGUCCUUUCAUACAAAGUUGGAACCUGAAGACACGUCAAGCAUAUUUAUAACCUGCAGGUGCUGGGGUAAUUAGCCACAUCAACUGCCGAGGUAAUUUAAAGCCCCAAAAAUUGCUGUGUUUGACACACGUGCUUCACAACCGGUCGAACAAGACAAAAACAUAGCGUUUGAAAUGCAGCAUCUCGUUCCCGCUUUUUCAUGAAACAGGGUUACAGCCAACUAGCCCCAAGAUGUUUUUGUUAUUUGUGAUAACCAUGGUUUUACUACAGAACGCAUUGUUUUCUGGUUUUAACUGUAGUAAAACCAUGGUUCAUUUUUGUAAGGGGGGACACCGCUCAAAAACGACUUCCGUAAAAUCUCACAGCGUACAAGCAGUAUUCAUCCUCUCUGUAGUUCAGCAGUGUAAUAUUAAUAUGCCAGAGGAGAACUGGCCCUCCCGGUUGAGUCUGGUUUCUCCCAAGGUUUUUUCCUCCACAUUUAAACAUUUAUAUAUACUUACAACAUUUAUUAUUAAACAUUGAUAGUGGAGUUUUGGUUCCUUGCCACAGUCGCCACUGGCUUGCUCACUGGGAGACUGCUGACCUUGCUUUUUGAGAUUCAUAGUCCAUAAAAAUCUUUCAUUUGACAUGCGCAUUUACAGUUUACAAGUCUACAAGACUACAAUAAAAAUAUAUAUUCUCUUUAUUUAAUUUAUUCAUCUAUAACUAUUAUUAUUUUUAAUUGAAAAUGUUUGUAAAAUGUAUGAAACAUUAGUUAACCAAAUUAGUCAACAUAAACUAUCGAUGGACAAUAAUAAACAAAUAAUAGACAGAUAUAUUUGUAUUACUUGGUACCUUUUCUAAUCUUCUGACUGCUUCUGACUAAUAAAACUAUUUGUUUAAAAGAAUGAAUGGAUCAUAUUUUUUGUCAUUCUUAAUCAUACUGUGUAUAAUCUGUCCUCUAUAAUAUAUGAACAUCAGUGCGUCAGAUGAGUUGAUUGUCUGAAUCCUCUGUAUUCAUAAAACAUGAACCAUGAUCACGUGGUUAUUCUCAAGACACUUGAAAGAACAUGAAAUAUUAAUAUAAACAUCGUUUUAAUGUCUAGUGAGGUGUUGAUGUAAAUGAUUCUUAUCUAGAUGAAUUAUAGCAAACUAAAGGUGUAAGUGCUCGACACGUCAUGACCUCUGAACCUCUCACAGAUCACUGUGUCAACUGAAAAGAAUAACUUUUGUUUGAACACAUCAAACGUCACUUGAUUCACAAGAAUUAAAUAAUCUGUUGAUUGAGCGUUUCACAAAGUUUAGCCGUCACCACGAGUGUUUGUUUAAUUCAAGUGUAAAGUAUUUCAUCUGUUUUCCUGACAUGCAUUCUAUAAGAAAAUAUUUGGAUUACGUAUAGAAAAUUGUUCAAGUGUGCAGUCAGUAUAUUACUUUGAAACUAAAUGUAAAGUUAACUUUCAGUCGACCUUUUAUGUUGCCGUUACGAUGCCGGAAAUUCUCAUGAGAC